AUGUAUAAAACGCAAUGUAGUCGGCUAAGAGGUUUGUUUGGAAUAAGCAUAAAACAGAAACUGGUGGAAUAUGGUCCCCGAUGCAAACAGACAGCCCGUGGUCUCAUUCUGAUGCGCAGGAGAGCUCCGCCACACUGGAUAACUUAUCAGCAUCUCAACUUCCUCAAACGCCAGUAUGUGUCAAAGAACCUGGGUGAGCUCCACCAACGGGCCGCCCCCAAGCAGGUGGCGGUGCUUGCUGAUGUUGACGAGAGCAAUAUUGAUGAGAGGCGGGUCCAAAGAAUCUCAACUAUCAAGCCCGCAGUCGAGGACGUAUCCACCUCGGAAGUGGCUCCAGAAGCACCAGUGACUGAGACGACAUCGGAUGAGACGCCACAUGUUCAGGUUGAGACGGAUGAAGCCAGAGAGGCGCGUCUGGACCGACAGUGGAAGCAACUAAAAGUGGAAGCUGCUGACCUGCCCGACAUCUAUGCCCGACUUGCAAAAAUCAAACUCACAGCACUCGUAGUCACGACGGCAGCGGCCGGUUAUGCAAUGGCACCGGUGCCCUUUGAUCCAACCAUCUUCUUUGUGGCGUGUCUGGGGACGGGACUUGCUUCCAGUGCUGCCAAUUCUAUUAAUCAGUACUUUGAGGUGCCAUUUGACUCCAACAUGAACCGAACCAAGAACCGUCCACUUGUCCGAGGGCAGAUAAGUCCCCUACAUGCUGUCACCUUCGCGCUGGCUUGUGGCGUGCCGGGCGUGGCGCUUUUGACGUGCGCCGUCAACCCUCUGACAGGGUUUCUGGGCGCCCUUAACAUCGUGCUGUACACGUGUUGCUAUACACCGCUCAAGAGGCUCACCAUCGCCAACACGUGGGCAGGUGCUGUGGUGGGUGCCAUACCGCCUGUCAUGGGUUGGACGGCUGCCACUGGCUGCCUGGAUCCAGGUGCGCUGCUUUUAGGCGGCUUCCUGUAUAGCUGGCAGUUCCCGCACUUCAACGCUCUCAGCUGGAACCUGAGGGAGGACUACUCACGUGGCGGGUACCGCAUGAUGUCAGUCACGCAUCCGGCCAUGUGUCGUCGCGUUGCUCUGCGGCACAGCGCGGCUCUGGCCGGCCUCACUGCGGCGGCACCUGCAUUGGGUGUCACCACGUGGACUUUCCCUCUGGUGUCGCUGCCCAUCAACGCAUACAUCACACUACUGGCCUUCAGAUUCUAUCGACGGGGCGACCGCACCAGCGCCCGCAAGUUGUUUUUCUGCAGCCUAUGGCAUCUGCCUAUGCUGCUGCUACUCGCGCUCACCUGCAAGAAGCCUCGCGACAGCAGUGAGGCUAGUGCAAGCUAA